CAAUUAAGGUUAAGCUUUCCCAAAAGUAACUCUUAGGUCGGAGAAAACCGUUUAUGUAGAUUACUCUUUCUAUUUAUUAUCGUAUCGUAAUCUUUUAUUUUGUGUAAUAAUUUGAUCGUAUCACAUUGAUAUUAAUUUGGAUAGCGUAAUAAACACGUUUAUCAGCAUUUAUAACCGAACGAAUGACAUCGGACAAGUUUCGUUUACUUACAGUGCUUACAGUCAAUAGCGAUUUGUACAGUUGAAAGAUCAACGGAUCGACAUAUGCGUCCAAGUUAAUUCGAAAAACUUUCGUCGAAACUUUUUGCGCUUUAAACCAUGGGCAUACCAAAUGCACGGCCGAUGAUUACUCAUGGGUAGUGCCUAGCGCCUGGGUGCCAAUUUUUCACGAGUGUUCGCAACAUGAGAAGAAAGAUAUGUGUCUUCAGUGUUUAAUUUAAGGAAAAAUUGACAUUUCGGACAGUUUGCGAAAGAAAAGCUUAUAAAAAUGUAAAGAUUAAGGAUCGACUGAAAAACACGUUGAGCACAUUGAAACCAAUGAGACAUUGGUAGAGCCGCGCCGAUAUAGGUUACGAAUCCUUCCUAAACGUCGGAGAUCUAUCGAUUUGACGUUCGACCCGCCGCUGUCGUUAUGUUGUCCCGUAAAAAUAAAGAUCUUCGGACGAUCAAGGAAGGAGUCGUCGGGAAAUAUGUUAAGAAGGAAACGCCGCCCGAAAUGCCUAUCAUUAAUGUAUGGACUACAGAGCCCAACAGAAGAACGAGGAAUCGUAACAAUCAUCCAACUAUCCCUACGUCUAUGUCCACCCCACAACAGCCCAUUAUGAUACAAAAGUUUGGAAACACUAAAACAACAAUGAGCGCUGUAGGCUUAGGUAGUCACGAGGGAAAGUAUACGCCGAAUAGUUCUGUUCCGGAUCUGGCGCAAAGAUUUGCUAGUUUGUCUGUUAAUACAAGCACAAGGGACGGAUUACCAUCUCGUACUGCUACUCCGAUGUAUCAUUCUGGACUGUCGCCUGCUAUGUCGCAUACAUACGUGAAUCAGUAUGCAGGAUCGGAGUACCAUUUGGACAGAGUUCAAACACCGCAGAUGCCUUACAAGUCGCUUGACAUCGAUUCUGGUUACGAGGAGUACAAUCAGUCUGUGUACAGACAGAAUACGGGGUGUUUUACUGUAUUUCUAAGAUAUAGUCGAUGCCAUUCGGAGAGAUCAAGUUCUAGAAAUGAACAGCAGGAGGAACUUCCACUGCCGCCCGGAUGGUCCGUCGAUUUUACUCUCAGGGGUAGAAAAUAUUAUAUAGAUCACAACACGAAAACCACUCAUUGGUCUCAUCCUCUUGAGAAAGAAGGUUUGCCCACGGGUUGGGAAAGAAUAGAGUCACCCGAAUAUGGCGUUUAUUAUGUUAAUCAUAUCACGCGACAGGCGCAAUAUGAACACCCGUGUUACCCCCAUGAGAUACAAGCAGUUCGCGUAGUGUCACCGCCACGCCAUACACAUUUUCAUUCCCAUAGCGUCUUGGUCCCAGCCAAUCCCUACUUGAACGAAGAAAUACCUCACUGGUUGUAUGUAUAUAGUAGAGCUUCGGUGGCGUUAGACCGUAAAUUAAGGUGGGAACUCUUUCGUUUACCCGAACUUGACUGUUUCAAUGCCAUGCUUACAAGAUUGUAUAAACAAGAGUUAGAGGAAGUUGUUAUGCGUUACGAGGAGUACAGGUCAGCCUUAUUGUGCGAGAUGGAGCAAAGACUAAAAGAAUUAAAUCCGGAAACCUCCAGUUCCUCGUCCGGAGCAAUUGCACUACGACAAUCUCUCUCAUGAUCGAAACUGAAACGGGAGAAUGUUGAAAAACGUUAUCUUUCACGGAUCAAGAGUUCCUGUAAGCGAUCGAAAGAAAUUGACCAGGACACUAUUACACUUAUAUCUACGAGUAGCAUAAACAUAGUUAAAUUUUAUUUUUUUUAAUCUAUUUUAUAAAUUAUCAUUCAAUAAACUUCAUCCAAGAAAUUUUCUAUGAGA